UGAGAUUCUUAGAUGUAUCUGCAGACAGAAGUUUCUGAGAUGGACCUACUAAGGAUGGAGAACAACAGAAACCAUAUGGCAGAGAGAAUUUUGACCCUUACCAUAAAAAUCAUCAGCCUGCUGACUGGAGAGGAGUACAUAGUAGUGAGGAAGAUGGGAGAAGAGGGUGACGGAUGGAGCAGGGGCCCGGGGCCUAUAACGUCAUCUCCACCUCACUCCCUGAUACAUAAGGAGAUCCUGGAACUCAUCAGCAAGUUGACUGAGCUGCUGACUGGAGAGGUUUCUAUAAGGUGUCAGGAUGUCGCUGUCUAUUUCUCCAUGGAUGAAUGGUGA